GGGAUUUUGGCGGCCAUUCCACAGCCGACAAUAGCACGCAGCACAGGACAGCGCAGGCCUGUACUCCAGGGCCAGAAUCUGCCUGGGCUUCUUGUUUGGGUGGCGGAGGGGGAGGAGCGGGCACAGCACGGCAUCCUGGCCUUGCCACGCAGAAGGUAUGGGCUGGAGAGAUUCCCUCGGGGAAUGGACUUAGUGGGUGGCCGUGUCCCAGAGCAGGGCAGGCGGUGCCCAUGGAAGGUGGCAAGGCGCUUUGUGUGUGAGUGGCAUGGUUGUACUUAAAGACAUAGCCUGCUCUGGGGCCGGCAGGAAGGUGCCCCCGAUCAGAGGGCCUGCAUGUUGCUUGUUCUUCAAAGCCUCUGUUCCCGGGUCUUCCUCCUUGCCCUGUGGUCCGCCAGGCAGGGGCUGAUCUAAUUAUCAGGACAGCCCUUGUCCUACCCUUCCAUUGCUGUCCAGAGAGAUGGACAGAUUAUUACUGCUGCCUUAAACUCUGGGUGGAAAACAGAGCGAAGGGGGAGUGUCCGGUUGAUCCCAGGUUUGUCAGGCAGGCCACUGUAAGAUGUGUUUUGUGUGUUUAUGCCACAGUUUGCCUUGGCUCUUGCUGCUGUUGGAGUUCAGUAAUUUUGCCUGCCUGCUUGUGCCUUCACCUCAACCCGCCGCCCCCAUUCGUCCUGCUUUUCUUGUUCGUGGACCAAGCCUCCAGCCUUCCCCUUUGCAGCCCCUCCUCUCCAGUGCACCCCCUCCCUCUGGGCCCCACCCCCACUGAGAGUCCCCUGCUUGCUGUCGCUCCCAGAUCGGGGAAGCUUGCUGUGCCUUUAAAGAAAGCAGACUCCUGGCUGUGACGCACUUCUGGCUGUCAGCCAGGAAGAUCGCUCCUGCCAGGCAGACUGAGAAGAAAACCAACAACUUUUCUUUUGUGUGUGGGGUUACUUUCCACUGGCCCCCCCUUCCUCCUCUCCUUUCAAGAUUUAAAUGCUAAUGGCGGAUUAAAACCUGUAGAUACGUUUGGCUUUAGGAGUCUGGCGCAUUGGAGUGACUGUCUGGCAUCACCAAGAUGACACUCCACGCCACCCGGGGGGCUGCACUCCUCUCUUGGGUGAACAGUCUGCAUGUGGCUGACCCUGUGGAGGCUGUGCUGCAGCUCCAGGACUGCAGCAUCUUCAUCAAGAUCAUUGGCAGAAUCCAUGGCGCUGAAGAGGGACAGCAAAUCUUGAAGCAGCCGGUGUCAGAGAGACUGGACUUUGUGUGCAGUUUUCUGCAGAAAAAUCGAAAACAUCCCUCUUCCCCAGAAUGCCUGGUGUCUGCACAGAAGGUGCUAGAGGGAUCAGAGCUGGAACUGGCGAAGAUGACCAUGCUGCUCUUAUACCACUCUACCAUGAGCUCCAAAAGUCCCAGGGACUGGGAACAGUUUGAAUAUAAAAUUCAGGCUGAGUUGGCUGUCAUUCUUAAAUUUGUGCUGGACCAUGAGGACGGGCUAAACCUUAAUGAGGACCUAGAGAACUUCCUACAGAAAGCUCCUGUGCCUUCUACCUGUUCUAGCACAUUCCCUGAAGAGCUCUCCCCACCUAGCCACCAGGCCAAGAGGGAGAUUCGCUUCCUAGAGCUACAGAAGGUUGCCUCCUCUUCCAGUGGGAACAACUUUCUCUCAGGUUCUCCAGCUUCUCCCAUGGGUGAUAUCCUGCAGACCCCACAGUUCCAGAUGAGACGGCUGAAGAAGCAGCUUGCUGAUGAGAGAAGUAAUAGGGAUGAGCUGGAGCUGGAGCUAGCUGAGAACCGCAAGCUCCUCACCGAGAAGGAUGCACAGAUAGCCAUGAUGCAGCAGCGCAUUGACCGCCUAGCCCUGCUGAAUGAGAAGCAGGCGGCCAGCCCACUGGAGCCCAAGGAGCUUGAGGAGCUGCGUGACAAGAAUGAGAGCCUUACCAUGCGGCUGCAUGAAACCCUGAAGCAGUGCCAGGACCUGAAGACAGAGAAGAGCCAGAUGGAUCGCAAAAUCAACCAGCUUUCGGAGGAGAAUGGAGACCUUUCCUUUAAGCUGCGGGAGUUUGCCAGUCAUCUGCAGCAGCUACAGGAUGCCCUCAAUGAGCUGACGGAGGAGCACAGCAAGGCCACUCAGGAGUGGCUAGAGAAGCAGGCCCAGCUGGAGAAGGAGCUCAGCGCAGCCCUGCAGGACAAGAAAUGCCUUGAAGAGAAGAACGAAAUCCUUCAGGGAAAACUUUCACAGCUGGAAGAACACUUGUCCCAGCUGCAGGAUAACCCACCCCAGGAGAAGGGCGAGGUGCUGGGUGAUGUCUUGCAGCUGGAAACCUUGAAGCAAGAGGCAGCCACUCUUGCUGCAAACAACACACAGCUCCAAGCCAGGGUAGAGAUGCUGGAGACUGAGCGAGGCCAGCAGGAAGCCAAGCUGCUUGCUGAGCGGGACCACUUCGAAGAAGAAAAGCAGCAGCUGUCUAGCCUGAUCACCGACCUGCAGAGCUCCAUCUCCAACCUCAGCCAGGCCAAGGAAGAGCUGGAGCAGGCCUCCCAGGCUCAUGGGGCCCGGUUGACUGCCCAGGUGGCCUCUCUGACCUCUGAGCUCACCACACUCAAUGCCACCAUCCAGCAACAGGAUCAAGAACUGGCUGGCCUGAAGCAGCAGGCCAAAGAGAAGCAGGCCCAGCUAGCACAGACCCUCCAACAGCAAGAACAGGCCUCCCAGGGCCUCCGCCACCAGGUGGAGCAGCUAAGCAGUAGCCUGAAGCAGAAGGAGCAGCAGUUGAAGGAGGUAGCUGAGAAGCAGGAGGCAACUAGGCAGGACCAUGCCCAGCAACUGGCCACUGCUGCAGAGGAGCGAGAGGCCUCCUUAAGGGAGCGGGAUGCGGCUCUCAAGCAGCUGGAGGCGCUGGAGAAGGAGAAGGCUGCCAAGCUGGAGAUUCUGCAGCAGCAACUUCAGGUGGCUAAUGAAGCCCGGGACACUGCCCAGACCUCAGUGACACAGGCCCAGCGGGAGAAGGCAGAGCUGAGCCGGAAGGUGGAGGAACUCCGGGCCUGUGUUGAGACAGCCCUCCAGGAACAGCAUGAGGCCCAGGCCCAGGUUGCAGAGCUAGAGUUGCAGCUGCGGUCUGAGCAGCAAAAAGCAACUGAGAAAGAAAGGGUGGCCCAGGAGAAGGACCAGCUCCAGGAGCAGCUCCAGGCCCUCAAAGAGUCCUUGAAGGUCACCAAGGGCAGUCUUGAAGAGGAGAAGCGCAGGGCUGCAGAUGCCCUGGAAGAGCAGCAGCGUUGUAUCUCUGAGCUGAAGGCAGAGACCCGAAGCCUGGUGGAGCAGCAUAAGCGGGAACAAAAGGAGCUGGAAGAAGAGAGGGCUGGGCGCAAGGGGCUGGAGGCUCGAUUACAGCAGCUUGGGGAGGCCCAUCAGGCUGAGACUGAAGUCCUGCGGCAGGAGCUGGCAGAGGCCAUGGCUGCCCAGCGCACAGCUGAGAGUGAGUGUGAGCAGCUCGUCAAAGAAGUAGCUGCCUGGCGUGAGCGGUAUGAGGAUAGCCAGCAAGAGGAGGCACAGUAUGGCGCCAUGUUCCAGGAACAGCUGAUGACUUUGAAGGAGGAAUGUGAGAAGGCCCGCCAGGAGCUGCAGGAGGCAAAGGAGAAGGUGGCAGGCAUAGAAUCCCACAGCGAGCUCCAGAUAAGCCGGCAGCAGAACGAACUAGCUGAGCUCCAUGCCAACCUGGCCAGAGCACUCCAGCAGGUCCAAGAGAAGGAAGUCAGGGCCCAGAAGCUUGCAGACGACCUCUCCACUCUGCAGGAAAAGAUGGCUGCCACCAGCAAAGAGGUGGCCCGCUUGGAGACCUUGGUGCGCAAGGCAGGUGAGCAGCAGGAAACAGCCUCCCGGGAGUUAGUCAAGGAGCCUGCGAGGGCAGGAGACAGACAGCCCGAGUGGCUGGAAGAGCCACAGGGACGCCAGUUCUGCAGCACACAGGCAGCGCUGCAGGCUAUGGAGCGGGAGGCAGAGCAGAUGGGCAAUGAGCUGGAACGGCUGCGGGCCGCGCUGAUGGAGAGCCAGGGGCAGCAGCAGGAGGAGCGUGGGCAGCAGGAAAGGGAGGUGGCGCGGCUGACCCAGGAGCGGGGCCGUGCCCAGGCUGACCUUGCCCUGGAGAAGGCGGCCAGAGCAGAGCUUGAGAUGCGGCUGCAGAAUGCCCUCAACGAGCAGCGUGUGGAGUUCGCUACCCUGCAAGAGGCACUGGCUCAUGCCCUGACGGAAAAGGAAGGCAAGGACCAGGAGUUGGCCAAGCUUCGUGGUCUGGAGGCAGCCCAGAUAAAAGAGCUGGAGGAACUUCGGCAAACCGUGAAGCAACUGAAGGAACAGCUGGCUAAGAAAGAAAAGGAGCACGCAUCUGGCUCAGGAGCCCAAUCUGAGGCUGCUGGCAGGACAGAGCCAACAGGCCCCAAGCUGGAGGCACUGCGGGCAGAGGUGAGCAAGCUGGAGCAGCAAUGCCAGCAGCAGCAGGAGCAGGCUGACAGCCUGGAACGCAGCCUCGAGGCUGAGCGGGCCUCCCGGGCUGAGCGGGACAGUGCUCUGGAGACUCUGCAGGGCCAGUUAGAGGAGAAGGCCCAGGAGCUAGGGCACAGUCAGAGUGCCUUAGCCUCGGCCCAACGGGAGUUGGCUGCCCUCCGCACCAAGGUACAAGACCACAGCAAGGCUGAAGAUGAGUGGAAGGCCCAGGUGGCCCGGGGCCGGCAAGAGGCUGAGAGGAAAAAUAGCCUCAUCAGCAGCUUGGAGGAGGAGGUGUCCAUCCUGAAUCGCCAGGUCCUGGAGAAGGAGGGGGAAAGCAAGGAGUUGAAGCGGCUGGUGAUGGCUGAGUCAGAGAAGAGCCAGAAGCUGGAGGAGAGGCUGCGCCUGCUGCAGGCAGAGACAGCCAGCAACAGUGCCAGAGCUGCAGAACGCAGCUCUGCUCUGCGGGAGGAGGUGCAGAGCCUCCGGGAGGAGGCUGAGAAACAGCGGGUGGCUUCAGAGAACCUGCGGCAGGAGCUGACCUCACAGGCUGAGCGUGCAGAGGAGCUGGGCCAAGAAUUGAAGGCGUGGCAGGAGAAGUUCUUCCAGAAAGAGCAGGCCCUCUCCACCCUGCAGCUCGAGCACACCAGCACACAGGCCCUGGUGAGUGAGCUGCUGCCAGCUAAGCACCUCUACCAGCAGCUGCAGGCCGAGCAGGCCGCUGCUGAGAAACGCCACCGUGAGGAGCUGGAGCAGAGCAAGCAGGCCGCUGGGGGACUGCGGGCAGAGCUGCUGCGGGCCCAGCGGGAGCUUGGGGAGCUGAUUCCUCUGCGGCAGAAGGUGGCAGAGCAGGAGCGAACAGCUCAGCAGCUGCGGGCAGAGAAGGCCAGCUAUGCAGAGCAGCUGAGCAUGCUGAAGAAGGCGCAUGGCCUGCUGGCAGAGGAGAACCGAGGGCUGGGUGAGCGGGCCAACCUUGGCCGGCAGUUUCUGGAAGUGGAGUUGGACCAGGCCCGGGAGAAGUAUGUCCAAGAGUUGGCAGCCGUACGUGCUGAUGCUGAGACCCGUCUGGCUGAGGUGCAGCGAGAAGCACAGAGCACUGCCCGGGAGCUGGAGGUGAUGACUGCCAAGUAUGAGGGUGCCAAGGUCAAGGUCCUGGAGGAGAGGCAGCGGUUCCAGGAAGAGAGGCAGAAACUCACUGUCCAGGUGGAGCAGCUAGAGGUAUUUCAGAGAGAGCAAACUAAGCAGGUGGAAGAACUGAGUAAGAAACUGGCUGACUCUGACCAAGCCAGCAAGGUGCAGCAGCAGAAGCUGAAGGCUGUCCAGGCUCAGGGAGGCGAGAGCCAGCAGGAGGCCCAGCGCCUCCAGGCCCGGCUGAAUGAACUGCAAGCCCAGUUGAGCCAGAAGGAGCAGGCAGCUGAGCACUAUAAGCUGCAGAUGGAGAAAGCCAAAACACAUUAUGAUGCCAAGAAGCAGCAGAACCAAGAGCUGCAGGAGCAGCUGCGGAGCCUGGAGCAGCUGCAGAAGGAAAACAAAGAGCUGCGAGCUGAAGCUGAACGGCUGGGCCAUGAGCUACAGCAGGCUGGGCUGAAGACCAAGGAGGCUGAACAGACCUGCCGCCACCUUACUGCCCAGGUGCGCAGCCUGGAGGCACAGGUUGCCCAUGCAGACCAGCAGCUUCGAGACCUGGGCAAAUUCCAGGUGGCAACUGAUGCUUUAAAGAGCCGUGAGCCCCAGGCUAAGCCCCAGCUGGACUUGAGUAUUGACAGCCUGGAUCUGAGCUGCGAGGAGGGGACCCCACUCAGUAUCACCAGCAAGCUGCCUCGUACCCAGCCAGACGGCACCAGCGUCCCUGGAGAACCAGCCUCACCUAUCUCCCAGCGCCUGCCCCCCAAGGUAGAAUCCCUGGAGAGUCUCUACUUCACUCCCAUCCCUGCUCGGAGUCAGGCCCCCCUGGAGAGCAGCCUGGACUCCCUGGGAGACGUCUUCCUGGACUCGGGUCGUAAGACCCGCUCCGCUCGUCGGCGCACCACGCAGAUCAUCAACAUCACCAUGACCAAGAAGCUAGAUGUGGAAGAGCCAGACAGCGCCAACUCAUCCUUCUAUAGCACACGGUCUGCUCCUGCUUCCCAGGCUAGCCUGCGAGCCACCUCCUCUACUCAGUCUCUAGCUCGCCUGGGUUCUCCCGAUUAUGGCAACUCAGCCCUGCUCAGCUUGCCUGGCUACCGCCCCACCACUCGCAGUUCUGCUCGUCGUUCCCAGGCCGGGGUGUCCAGUGGGGCCCCUCCAGGAAGGAACAGCUUCUACAUGGGCACUUGCCAGGAUGAGCCUGAGCAGCUGGAUGACUGGAACCGCAUUGCAGAGCUGCAGCAGCGCAAUCGAGUGUGCCCCCCACAUCUGAAGACCUGCUAUCCCCUGGAGUCCAGGCCUUCCGUGAGCCUGGGCACCAUCACAGAUGAGGAGAUGAAAACCGGAGACCCCCAAGAGACCCUGCGCCGAGCCAGCAUGCAGCCAAUCCAGAUAGCCGAGGGCACUGGCAUCACCACCCGGCAGCAGCGCAAACGGGUCUCCCUAGAGCCCCACCAGGGCCCUGGAACUCCUGAGUCUAAGAAGGCCACCAGCUGUUUCCCACGCCCCAUGACUCCCCGAGACCGACAUGAAGGGCGCAAACAGAGCACUACUGAGGCCCAGAAGAAAGCAGCUCCAGCUUCUACUAAACAGGCUGACCGGCGCCAGUCGAUGGCCUUCAGCAUCCUCAACACACCCAAGAAGCUAGGGAACAGCCUUCUGCGGCGGGGAGCCUCAAAGAAGGCCCUGUCCAAGGCUUCCCCCAACACUCGCAGUGGAACCCGCCGUUCUCCACGCAUUGCCACCACCACAGCCAGCGCCGCCACUGCUGCCGCCAUUGCUGCCACCCCUCGAGCCAAGGGCAAGGCAAAGCACUAAAGGGCCAGUACCAGUGAGUGGCCCCACCUGUGUCCCCGAUGCUGACCUCACCUGGUCCUCCGCCUACUGUCCCUCUCAGUGCCUUCUCUCAGCUCCCAGGCCAACAGUAGCCAAACCCCUAGAGACAGUGAUGCCUGCCCGCACCCUGGCCUGGUCCCUGGACCUUCACUGGCGCCUUCUCGGAGCUGGCCCAGGGGGCCUGGAGCAUGGACAGUGUGGGCGCUCUCCCUACCUUGCCUCCUUUUUUCUUAAAGCAAAGUCACUUCUCCAUCACAACCAGAUUUGAGGCUGGUUUUGAUGGCUGGGUCCUUGGGCCUGGCCAGUCUUCCUCUUAGCCUCUGGAUCUAGAAGGGACCAUAAGAGGAGUAGGCCCUGGUUCCUGCUGUCCUGGUGGCUGGGCCCAGCAGGGGCCCUCACUCUUGAAGUCCAGGACUGGGUCUGACCUGGUGGGAGCACCUGCCAGAGGAUGCUCUUUCCCAGGACGGAUGGGCCCUGUGUCUCAGGAGUGGGGUUGGGGGACAGCCUUCAGCGGCAGCUCACACCCUACCUUCCCCAGACUUGCACUGGGGUGGGAUUUGGAGUGAUGGGAAGGUUUUUAAGGGCCGGGGAUGGAUCUUUUCUAAAUGUUAUUACUUGUAAAUAAAGUCUAUUUUUCUCCCGUGA